AUAUUUAAAAACAAUAAAUAAUAUACGAAAAUGUCUUCAAAUUUAGCUAAUGUCUAUGCAAAUUUAUUACGGAAAUAUGGAGAGAAUUAUAUGAUAACUUAUUCCACAUCUCCAACUUAUUUAAACAACAUUGUUGGUGCUGCCGAGAAUCCUGGGAAGAUUAUACUUUUUUAUGUGGAGGAUCGUUCAAAAGGAAAAACACUGAACUUUGUUUCACCUUCCAAGUUGAACAUAAAAAAAUCCACAAACGUUGAUUUAGAUUUAACUGGCAGCCCUUUAAAAGAUGAUUGCGAAGUGGACGCUAUAGGCGAUAUGUCUUUAGAACUCAACUUGAUUUCUUUAAAUCCAUGGAAACCCGAAGAAGAAUAUCACAAGGGCAUAUCUGUGGAUAAGGCCAGAAAUAUUAUGACAUUGGAAGACUUUCAAAAAUGUGCAACAAGUGCAGAUGCUAUUGGCUCUGUGUGGUUCUUAUGUUCGUGCGCAGAUUUUCCAAAGACUCUCUUGUUACAAUAUGAAUUUGGACGUAGCCAAAACACCAGAGGCAUUAUCAAUUAUAUGGGUAUUAUAGCAUCGCAUGCUGUAACGAGUCAAUCACUGUUGCAGCAGCACUAUGCCUUAGUUGGCAGAGAUGUUCGUGUUGAAACACAAAUUGAAAAUACAUAUCAUAUCAAAUCGAAUAUUUCUAUAAAAUGCUCUUGGACAACAAAUUCAGUGACACCAUCAUUAAUAGAACUGAGAAGUUGUGAUGUCAUACUAAAACAAACAUUUCGUUUUGGUGAUAGCACCUCAUUGACAGAGGAUUUUAUUAAUCAAUUGCGUAUUCUAAUGGCUAUACGUGAUGAAAUCAUUUCAUAUAAACAAUCGGAAAAUUCAGAUGUGGCAAAGGAACCUAGUUAUUCAUGUGGCAUUGGUAUUGAUAUGGUAGAACUACGUGAAAACAUCAAUAAAGUUAUGACCGAAAUAUCCGAAAUAGACGCUAGUAGUGGUGCAGAACGUGAUAUUGAGGAUGUUAUACAAAAUGCUAAAAUAAGACGUCUUAAUGACUUAACCGAUAAAUUGUGGGACAUUUUAAAACAAUGCUCAUCUUAUAAGGAUUUAAAAAUGGCUUAUAAUAUACUAUUUCAAUGUGCUGCCCGUUGUAAUAUUGUGAAUACUCCUACAAAUAAAAACCGUUUAGCCGAGAUCAUUACCGAGGUGGCAAAUCGUCGCUUAGCUAUACCUUGUCUUUCGGGUUCUGAGCCAUUGGAAUUAUUGUUGGAAAUUGGUUUGGAAAAACUAUACAAAGACUAUGAAUACAUAUUUGUUGAGAGUAAAGUUUGCAGUGCAAAUGAUUUAAAGAAUAAAAGUCUUGCCCACGAUAACAAAGAAAAUGAUGCAGUUGUGCCAAAUGUUCGUAAAUCCCUGCGAAAUGCUGUUAUGCAAGACAAUGCAGCCAUGCGUAAAACAUUGUUGCAUAAUGACUUCAAAAGUACUGGCAACCAAAUGAAAAACGAUAUAAUUUGUUUCAAAAAUAGUAACUUUGAUGAGCAUGAAAGUGCUAAGACACUGGCAAAACUAUUGCAAAUUCAUUGUACUCUAGAACAUUUACUAAUGAUUCAUAUACAUUUGAAUUUGAGCCGUGUCUACUAUGAGGUCUGCGAUCAAUUGCUGCGCAAAACACCACGUACUGUCGAUAUGAUCGGCGAUUCAUUGACCGAUGAAAUGGAAAUACAAUUGUCAGCCGACUAUAUACGUGAACUUUUGACAGGUAAGGAACCACACUCACGACGCAUUACAAUGAGUUCAAAAAAUAAAUUACGUGAAGUAAAGUCGACCUUCUAUUUCAAUAUGGAGAAUAUAUGUCCACCCAACAUAUCUGAAUGUUUUAAUGCCGAUGAAAAAGAAUACAGCAAAGAGAAUGUUUAUUAUAAUUGGUUAUAUCGUAAAAUAACAACGGUACAAAAUCACUGAAUGCACUUCAACAAUGUUAAGUGGUUUUAGUAGUCUUGUAAUAAGCUGUUCAAUUACGCAUGUUUAUUCUUUAUGUUUUACUACUAUAUAUACUAUUGUAAAUGUAAUUGCUAAAAAAGCAUAUAUGUAAAUAACAAAAUCAACAAUUGCCAACGAAGACUUACAAAUUGUUAAGCUUUGUUUUGAUUCUGUUUAAUUUUAUUCAUUUUCGUUUGUUUUACAUUUAAAAAUAUCUUAAAAUAAA